AGGAGUGCGAGUUAACAUAUUUAGAAAUAUGGAAGAUGAUGCGCCUGUUAUAUAUGGUCUUGAAUUCCAGGCACGUGCUUUGACAGCCCAAACUGCAGAGACAGAGUCCAUACGGUUUCUUGUUGGCACACAAUCUCUCAAAUACGACAAUCAGAUACACAUUGUUGACUUUGAUGAUGAAAAUAAGAUCAUUAAUAAGAAUGUGCUUCUGCACCAAGUUGGAGAGAUAUGGCACAUCAGUGCAAGUCCUGCAGAUAAAAGUGUGCUGACAACAUGUUACAGUAAAACUUCAGACAAUAAAGUGAUAACAUGUGCAGCUAUGUGGAGGAUGCCGAAGGAAUCGGAAUCAGGCAAUCAUGAAUCCCCUGAUGAUUCAUCAAGCAACCCUCAGGCCUUAGAGCUGCUCUGUCACCUUGACAACACAGCCCAUGGCAAUAUAGCUUGUGUUCUCUGGGAGCCCAUGGGUGAUGGCAAAAGACUGAUUUCACUUGCAGAUAAUCAUGUACAGCUAUGGGACUUGCAGGAAAGUUCCAGCAAGGCAGUGAUUUCCAGCUCUGCAACACUUGAAGGAAAGGGGCAGUUAAAAUUGACAUCUGGCCGAUGGAGUCCCCAUCACAACUGCACGCAGGUUGUGACUGCCAACGACACGGCCAUACGAGGCUGGGACAUCAGGAGCAUGAGACAGAUAUACUGUAUAGAAAAUGCACACGGCCAACUGGUAAGAGACCUGGACUUCAACCCAAACAAGCAGUACUAUCUGGCCAGUUGUGGAGAUGACUGCAAGGUCAAGUUCUGGGAUGUCAGGAACAUCAAUGAACCUGUCAAGAGCCUGGAAGAGCACUCCCAUUGGGUGUGGAGUGUGAGGUACAAUAACUCUCAUGAUCAGCUGGUGCUGACAGGCAGCAGUGAUAGCAGAGUCAUCCUCUCUAACAUGGUGUCCAUCUCUUCAGAGCCCUUUGGUCAUCUAGUGGAUGAAGAUGAGCUGAGUGACCAAGAAGACAAUCACCAGGAUAAGAGGAAAGAGCCACUUCAGGAUAGCAUAAUUGCCACCUAUGAAGAACAUGAGGACAGCGUGUAUGCUGUGGAGUGGUCAUCUGCAGACCCUUGGCUCUUUGCAUCUUUAGGUUAUGAUGGAAGACUUGUGAUAAACAGAGUGCCAAGGGCACUGAAAUACCAAAUCUUGUUAUAACAACGUGAAACCAAAAUUUGAAUGUGUCUGUGUUGACAUUUUAAUGAUUUGCCGUUUGAAGUGGGGGGGGUGAGGGUUGCAUUUCAUAAAAAUCAUUGCUGCAAGCCCACGAUUUAAGUGGGGUUUGGCCUACACCGAUUCCUAGAAUCAGAUUCCAUAGUCUGAUAUUAAUGACUUGUGUUACAUUUUUCCAAUAGUAAAAUUAUAAAAAUGUUAAACAAUUAAACUCUAAUCAUGUUUAUAUCUUGUUCUGUAAAGUUACCUUGCCAUAUUUAAAGUAAAUAAAUAAAUAAAUAAAAUUGAAAAAUCUCUGACAGUUUAGUUGCGAAGAGGCAGUGUGGCUUAGCUGUUACGCCCUAAAAUCCAUGCUCAACUUGCUUGGGGCACGUCACUUCAUCCUCCUGUGCAGUUGGGCAGUGUCCCUCCUUCCUGACUCAUCUUUUAUUGAUUUGAUCUGGAUGCUUUAAACCCACCCCAACUACUGUGUGACGGCACAUUCUACAUUUCUAUUGGAGACUCUGCUUGCGAGAUUUAAAGAAAAAUGUGCAAUUACAAAGGAAGGCUUGUUCGUGGGAUUUAAAGCUAUACUACAGUUAGAUAGUGAGAAUUUAGAAC